GGGGAAGGGGAGGCCGCGGGGGCCCGGGGCUGCUGUGGCGGCAGCGCUCCGGCUGUAGGCUACUCUUCCUCUGCCAGCGUAUCUUUAUCACCCCUUCUUCCCCACCAUGGCCAAACAAAACCAAACAAAGUUUCCUUAGCCGAAAAUUCGCGGUGGUUCUGCUGUUGUCGGUUGGUCCCUACUCUUGAGAGCAUCCCCGUGUUCCGUGCGUAAAAUUGCUGGGAUUUGAUGAAACCGGCCUAAAGCCGCGCAGUCUGUUCCUGCUGGCGUGCUUUUCCUGCUCGGGGAUGUGUGUUAACUCUUGAGUGUGUGCGAAUAGCUUUUCCUCGGCAAAGGUGAGUUUGACUAGUCACGGCUCAGCUGUCCAGGGAGAUGGAGCUGCAUAGGCAGCACACGAUGAUGAUCACUUUCUUCCUUCUUCAGUGGGACAAACAUGGUUAAGUACUUUAAUUCAUACUUGUUCUGAAAUCAGCCACACAUUUUGGGUCAGCUAAAAGUAGUGUGGUCUGUCACACCGGUGGCCCUAGGCUUCUGGCAACUGUGUUGUAUUCUGGCUAAUGCCAAGAGCACACCAGACCUGGGAAAAGAAGAGUAACACAUCCCAAACUGGGGAAAGAGCCUCAGUCUUUCUGGAGUCAUUACCGGACUCUGUUAAGCAGAAAUUCACAGAAAAAUGAGUUUCACUUAAAUGCAAGAGAUACCUGUAUACUUCUAGCAACCAAGUUUGCUUUCUGGAUAUUCAUCUAAAAAGUUGAUACAAUUGCACUCAAAGCCUUUUAAAUUUCUGUUUAAAUUUAAAUUUCUGUUUAAAUUUUCUGUGGCAAAGAAAAAUUGUGACAUCGUGAGUAUUUUUUCCUGUGAAUUGUAAACAUUUCAAUAUCUCUAAUGCUUUAACUUUUUUUUUUUUUGCAGAUAAUAAACUUACUGAAACAUUGUUAAGGAGCUAGAAUGGGAGUGAAAGAAGCUUUAAUUAUUUAGCCCCAAUUAAAUAUUUUGAUUAUAGAAACAUUGGAUUACUCUGGGUCUUGUUUUUGAAGUUGUAGGCAUUCAGCUGAUCAUAAGAAACAGGAAUUAAUCUUGGUAUUUAAGUAUUUCCUCUUUUCUGAUGGUAAUGAUGAAAAUAGUGAAUUUCAAAAUGGCUUGUCCUCAUCUUGUUUUAGCUUUUUCCUAUUAAUUACUUUAAAUUAGUCUGUGGAUUUUAAUAAAUAUUUUGACUGUAAUCUAUCAUUUGGAUUCUGUAGCUUUUCUCUUUAUUGUCCAGGUUGAACUAGGUCUGCAAGAGUGUGCUAUGUUAAUGCAAGUCAUUGGUUUAAGUUUGUUUUAUCAUACAAGUUCUUCACUGCCAUAAUGAGGCUAGUAAUUCUUGAAGAUUAUGAUCAGGCUAGUGAAUGGGCAGCCAAAUACAUCUGUAAUCGUAUUAUCCAGUUCAAACCAAGUCAAGGAAGAUAUUUCACUCUUGGUCUACCAACAGGCAAUACGCCUUUGGGAUGCUACAAAAAGCUGAUAGAAUAUCACAAAAAUGGAGAUCUCUCUUUCAAAUAUGUAAAGACUUUCAACAUGGAUGAAUAUGUAGGGCUUCCGAGAAAUCAUCCAGAGAGCUACCACUCCUAUAUGUGGAAUAACUUCUUUAAGCAUAUUGACAUAGAUCCGAAUAAUGCUCAUAUCCUUGAUGGGAACGCACCAGACUUACAGGCGGAAUGUGAUGCAUUUGAAAAGAAAAUCGAAGAAGCAGGGGGGAUUGAUCUGUUUGUUGGAGGCAUUGGUCCUGAUGGCCACAUUGCAUUCAAUGAACCCGGAUCAAGUUUGUCUUCAAGAACAAGAUUAAAGACUUUAGCAAUGGACACCAUUUUGGCAAAUGCUAAAUACUUUGAUGGAGACUUAUCUAAAGUACCAACUAUGGCGCUAACAGUUGGUGUGGGUACAGUGAUGGAUGCUAGAGAAGUAAGAACUCAUUUAGUUCUAGUUGCAUGUGUGUUUUCAAGAUUAGUUGGUAUUGAUACUGGGAUUGAAAGUAAAGAGACCUUUGUUUUGCAGGUGAUGAUUCUUAUAACAGGUGCACACAAAGCUUUUGCAUUGUACAAAGCAAUUGAAGAAGGAGUCAAUCAUAUGUGGACAGUUUCUGCUUUCCAGCAACACCCUCGCACUAUCUUUGUGUGUGAUGAAGAUGCUACUUUAGAACUAAGAGUUAAAACUGUGAAGUACUUUAAAGGUUUAAUGCAUGUGCACAAUAAGCUUGUGGACCCACUGUACAGUAUGAAAGAAAACUGAAAGAAGACUGAAGAGGAACUCCAUGUGGGUCAGCAGCAACAGUUUUAGGUAGCAGAUAAGUUCACUGCUAUGCAAUAUGCUGAAAACUGUUUAAAAUGGUAAAUCCUAGGUACUGUAUUUUUAAAAAGGUCCAAUAUCUGUACAUUCACAUUCCAUCUGUGUGCUGUGUUGUGCAUUUUGCUUUAACAUCUGGAGCUCUGCUGUUGGUUGGUACAUCACUAAAUGGAACAGAACAAACUUGGGAGAGACUGCACGUUAUGUAGAGAGGAGAAAAGCAGAGCACUUACUCUAGCACAGCAAUGUAUUGCAUCUGCCUCAUGUUAGAGAUGAUGACACUUCAUUUCCCAGAAUUCUUAAUUUUUGGCUUGGUUAGUGUAACUACAUUUUGCAUUUGUGUCUCUAAGCAGAAUGGUUUUGGCCUUUGCUAAUACUAUGGACUUGUAAUAGUUGUACAAUUUCUACUAUGAAUUGUUCUGUUUACAAAUAUCUAAUGUACACUGAGCUUUUGCACUGGGUUGCCUUAAAUUUGUCUUAAACAGUUUUUGGGCAUCUCAAGUCCUGCUGUAUAUUUCAGGCAAAUGAAGAUACAAAAACAGUGCCUAAAAAUGCACCAAAUUCUUCCAAGUUACAACUUGCUCCACAGAUAAAAAUAUUAAACUUCUACAAUAGCACUUUUUCCUCUCAUGUACUUCAAAUUACUUUAGGAUUUUUAUAUUUUUGGUAAUCAAGCUUUAUACAUAAGGAAGAAAUCUCAGCGUUCCUUCCUGGAGGUACCUGGUCAAUUAUAUAACUGGUGUUACAAUUAAAUGCCUGAAGAGAGCUCAAUUUACAGGACUAUAAUGUCUGCAAAUCAUCAUUUAAAGCCAACUGUUAAUCACUUUUUCAUUGUAUCGUUAUAAACAUUAAGCUGUUACAAGGAAUGUUAUUUCCUACUUUGAAUAUAAGUAAAACAUAAAUAUAAA